CAGGCGCGGCGCGGGGCGGGCAGCCGAGGCGGGAGCCGGCGCACGGAGCGCAGCGCAGCGCAGCGGAGCGGGCGGCCAUGGAAGACGUGUGCGCCAAGUUCGUGUCGCAGAAGAUCAGCAAGACGCGCUGGCGGCCGCAGCCCGCCUCCGCACUUCAGCCCCCUGACCUGUUUGCUACCGGCUCCUGGGACAACGAGGAUAACAGGAUCUCCAUUUGGUCUGUUGGAGAUGUUGGAAAUGUGGGCCUGAAUAGUGAAUAUCAAGGAGAACCUCAGCUACUGUGUGACAUCAAGCACAAUGGUGAUGUUAUGGACAUGCAGUUUUUGGAUCAAGAGAAAAUUGUGGUUGCCUCAUCAACAGGAACUGUAACGGUAUUCCGUCAUCAUCAAAAUAACCAGACUUUAUCUGCCAACCACCGGUGGGAGAAAGCCCAUUAUCAUGUGGAUCAAGACACAUCUUCUGGUGGAGCAGCGUGUACUGGAGUAAUCUGCAACAAUCCUGAAAUUGUCACUGUUGGAGAAGAUGGUAGAAUCAAUCUCUUCAGAGCUGACCAGAAGGAUGCAGUAAGAACUAUAGACAACGCAGACAGCAGUACGCUUCAUGCAGUGACUUUCCUUCGCACAACUGAGAUCUUGACAGUAAAUUCAAUUGGACAGUUAAAAAUAUGGGACUUCAGACAGCAAAGAAAUGAGCCAUCUCAAAUAUUUUCUUUGACAGGUGACAGAGUUCCCCUGCACUGUGUGGACAGGCAUCCCAAUCAGCAGCAUAUUGUGGCCACAGGGGGCCAGGAUGGGAUGCUGAGUAUAUGGGAUAUCAGGCAAGGUACUAUGCCAGUGUCUCUGCUGAAUGCUCACGAAGCAGAAAUGUGGGAAGUUCACUUCCAUCCCUCCAACCCUGAUCACCUAUUCACGUGUUCUGAAGAUGGAUCUCUUUGGCACUGGGAUACUUCAACAGAUGUCUCUGAAAAACCAUCUUUUCUUCAUCAAGGAGGAAGAAGUACUACCUAUUUUUCCCACAAUACCAUUAACCAGUCUGUAGUGAGUGCCUGGCUAAGCAACGAUCCUACCAAAGACCGCAUGGAAAUCACCAACUUGAUUCCAAAUCAGACUUUGUCUGUGAAUAGUUUGGAUAUUUUAGGACCAUGCCUAGUAUAUGGCACUGAUGCAGAGGCUAUUUAUGUGAACAGACAACUUUUUGCAUGAAACAACUUGCAGUGUCCCUUUUGAAGUACCAAUCACCUUGGAACUACCUUGAACUACUGCCAAGUUCAUUCUUAACCAUACCUAUUAGUUUGUUAUCAGCAUGUGGGGGACGGGGAGAGGCCUGCAUCUUGGGCCUUGCACUGCAGAAGAAAUGUAAAGUGCAGAUUCUGACAGCUGCCAUUCAUUAUUGAUGGUCCAGCAUGAGGAACUGGGCAAGCUUACAUGUAUGCUUGCUCUCAUUUCUCUCUUGGUCCCUGUUUGGUUUUGGGAAGCAGGAAAGUAUUGCUGGGGCAAGAUAUUUGCUGUACACUGUCCAUAACACACAUGUAUACAAAGUAAAGGGAAACUCCCAGUUUUUAUUUUUACCAUCCUAAACAUAUUUUUCAAGUAUUAAUUCUAAGGCCAAACUACGGGGUUCUUUGAAGUCCUUUUUAUGUCAUUUGAGAGAGAUGAGUUUUUACAAGCUGAUUUUUGUCUAUAUUUAGGGGAACAUACCUUUUUAUGUUAGUUCAUGACAUCUGGAAAGGAAAACUGUUAAAAGCUGUCACGUGUGAGAGGUUCUAUCAGAAUCUUUGCAUUUUAGUGACAUUAUUUUGAUUAUUUACAGCUACAUCAUGGAUGCUGCAUGUUAAAACUUGAUCUGGAUAAUGUGCAGGUAACUCAAAUGUGUUUUAAUAGUUAAGAGGCCAGAAUUGACAAAUGCAACAAAUGUGAUGACUGUGCUUUCAGGUGUGAAGAGAUUUUCCAAAUUUCAGACACGGUCUCUCUCUGAAUCAAAAUUUCACACUUGGUCUGUUGCAAUUUUUGAAAAGUUAAAUUUUACAGUGAGUGUUGUACCUACCGUUUGUUGCAGGGAACACUUUCUCUUUUUAAUAAAAAGUCUUGCACAAGAA